AUGAUUUCACUAAGAGAACAAUUGAAUGUUACAAAUAGGGAUGAAGUGAAUCAAGUUUUGACCACCAAUUUAUGGCUGGAAAUGCAAUGGUUCGACUAUAAGCUGUCAUGGGAACCGACUCGAUGGGGUGGCAUAAAGAAACUGCAUAUACCAUCGGAUCAAAUCUGGAUUCCGGAUAUUCUACUUUAUAACAAGUAA